CUGUCAAAAAAACACGUAAACAAACAGAGAAUUUUAGAAAUAUAUGUGAUUUUUGUCCAUUUUUCAUAUAAAAUCCAAUAAGAACAUGUCUAAAACCGCUCAUGUAGUUGAUGGGGAGGCAUCAGAAUCGGAUUCAGAAAUAGAAAUUGGAAGAUCUCCGGACCUGGAGUUAUCGGGCAAUGCUAAAUCUUUCGUAAUUGCUGGAGAGGCGCCGGAGUCAGAUGAUGAGACAAAGCUGACACUACCAUCAAGCAUCCCGGAGCCUGAUCUGCCGCUACACAGCGUCCUGAACCCAGCAGCAACACCUACAACCACACAUGCUAAUAUUUACAACUCGUUACUGCACCAGAAAUUAUGGGAAUGCAACGUAUCAUUCAGAGCGACAUUAGAAGGCUUAAUCAGACAUACAACAGAAAUAUCGGUGGAAAAACUAACCAGAUCCGAUAAAAUGUUACUCAGUGUGCAAGAAAGUAUGCGUUCAACCAAUGCCAGCCUGACUCUAGCUAGGGCUAGGCUGAAACAAUUACAUGGAGAGCUAGAAAAAGCGAAUUGCUCAACUGCCUUACCUACUGUGAGAAUCAAAUAAAUUAAUUUAAAAUUG